CUUCUUCGAGGCGCAGGAGCGGGCCUCGGAGGCGGAGAACGUGCCGCCCGUGAUCCCCACGCCGCACCACUACCUCCUCAGCGUCUACCGCCACAAGAUCUUCUUCGUGGCCGUCAUCCAGAGCGAGGUGCCGCCGCUUUUCGUCAUCGAGUUCCUGCACCGCGUCGUCGAUACCUUCCAGGAUUAUUUUGGUGUCUGUUCAGAGGUGAUGAUCAAGGACAAUGUUGUGGUGGUUUAUGAGGUGCUGGAGGAGAUGCUGGACAAUGGCUUUCCAUUGGCAACAGAGUCUAAUAUUCUUAAGGAACUGAUAAAACCUCCCACUAUCCUGCGAACAGUUGUCAACACCAUCACAGGAAGCACUAACGUGGGUGACCAGCUUCCUACUGGACAGCUAUCAGUGGUGCCUUGGAGACGUACUGGUGUAAAAUAUACCAACAAUGAGGCGUAUUUUGAUGUGAUUGAGGAGAUAGAUGCAAUCAUCGACAAAUCAGGUUCCACGAUUACUGCUGAAAUCCAAGGGGUGAUUGAUGCUUGUGUCAAGCUGACUGGGAUGCCGGACCUUACUCUCUCCUUUAUGAACCCUCGGUUAUUGGAUGAUGUCAGCUUUCAUCCAUGUGUGCGUUUUAAGCGCUGGGAGUCAGAAAGAAUACUCUCCUUCAUUCCACCUGAUGGAAAUUUUCGCUUGCUCUCCUACCAUGUCAGUGCUCAGAAUCUUGUGGCAAUUCCUGUCUACGUUAAACACAACAUCAGUUUCCGUGAUAGCAGUUCACUGGGACGUUUUGAGAUCACAGUGGGGCCGAAGCAGACUAUGGGGAAGACUGUAGAGGGAGUGAUGGUUACUAGCCAGAUGCCAAAAGGUGUCUUAAAUAUGACCCUCACGCCCUCUCAGGGAACACAUAUCUUCGAUCCAGUUACAAAGUUGCUGUCAUGGGAUGUGGGGAAAAUAAACCCCCAGAAGCUGCCAAGCCUGAAGGGGAGUGUGAGCCUGCAAGCUGGGACAUCAAAACCAGAUGAAAACCCCACCAUUAACCUCCAGUUUAAAAUUCAGCAGCUGGCUAUAUCUGGACUGAAGGUGAAUCGCUUGGACAUGUAUGGGGAGAAGUACAAGCCCUUCAAGGGGAUAAAAUACAUGACUAAGGCUGGCAAGUUCCAAGUCCGAACCUAGAGGAUCCUGAUAGCGAGGAAGAGCACUUUCCUGUUUCUCCUGUCCCUGGCUGUUGCAUGCAGCCUCUUACCCCAUCCAUCUGUUUAGGGUUGCUCCCUUGCCUGUAGUAGCAUGAGCAGGAGAUCCAGUGCUUAGGGUGCUGGGGAGCAGGGAAAAGUAAGGUUGACCUGAAACCAACUCAUCCCUAGCUGAGUCUGAAGUAUUUGGAACAGUGGCAGAUGGGAGAGGUGUUCAGGUCCCUUGGGAUUAGCGAGUCAGCUAUGGAAGCUUGUAUCACCUUCAUUUUGCUGUCUUAAAGGAAAUUCUAGGGCUUUAUUGCCUUUUGUAACUCCUCUUCCUUAUAUUUUGGUUGGCUUUGUAGAUGAUACAAAGUUGAAUUUCCACAAACUUCAACUCCAGUGUGAUGGUCUGACAUCUGCCCUUCUCCAUCAUUGGGCAUUAGGGUUCUUGGCAGCAGAGAUAUCAUCUAGCUAUUCUGCCUCAAAGGGACUGGAAGAAGUGGAAAGGCAGAUUGUCCCACCCAGGAUGGGACGUUAAGAAGCCUGAGAUUGGGCAUGGUGCCACAGAGGGAGGAAGGGAAGUGGAUGCUUUUUCUAGAUAUUUCAUAAGCCAUCUUGGUCAUCACGUAUUUUGAAUCUCUGGAGAUAGACUGGAAACCCAUUCAAAUGUUAGUAUGGUACCCUAUGAAGGGUGCAUAAUCUUGUAACUGAUGGGUGGUGACAUCUGAAUAUAAUUCUGCCUCUCUUCUUAUUUCAUCAGUAUUUGAAGGUAGGGAUGAUUCCCCUAGCUUCUUUGGGGAGUCAGGGAAGAGACAGAGAGGCAGGAGAAUUUUUGUGGAGACAUAGCACUGAUGGAAACUGAAGCUGUGGCUAAAUGAAGAUGAUCACUAUCCUAGUACCUUGUUGGAACCUCUUUUUGUCUCUGCCUGCCUAUUACAAAUGAAGGUGAUACUGCCGUUCUCCUGCUCACUGAUUUCUGUCUUUGAGAUAAUUGUGUCCUGGUACCUUUGUAGUGUUCCUGGCUGUCCUACCUCAUUCCAGUUCCUGUAUCAACCAGCUGCUGUGCAGGUGGGUUCAAGCUUACGCUGGAUUUUUCACUGGGACCAUCUCUUCUGCAGGAGCUGUUGCUGCAUUUGCCCAUUCCAGUCCAUGCUGCAUAUCUCUGUACAGCAUAAAUAUGAAAUGAGAGGCAUCUGCACUGUUCAGUAUCAUCUGUAAUGUGCUCUUUGGCCACUAGAUGCCAAUGUGUUUUCUCUGUGGCAGCAGAACUUGUCCCUAAGCUGCUGCACAUGUGACUACAGCAUGUCAGGUGGCUGUGGAGUCCAGCAUGUGCAGUUCAUGGUUGUGAAAAGAACAAGGUGACCCUAAAUGAAGGAUAACAUACAUCCUGGUUUGCAUGUGAUGGAUACUUGCAGUGGCAUCUUGCACUGGAACUUGCAAUUCCAAAAGCAACUGAUGCAUGCCAUAGCAGGUGGCCUUACUGCUGAGCAUGUUCAGUGCAAAUACAACCUUCAGCAAGGGCAUCAAUAAAAUUCAUUUUUACAUGUCAUCUGCGUCAUUUCAGAGUGGUUUGUGUGGGCUUCACAAGAAAUACAGCUGGUAUUGAGGAGGAAGGUAAAUUAUGCCAGUUGGAUUGUGGCUAGAGGGUGCCUUAGGCAGAUAAUUGUCUUUAUGCAAUUGGGAUUGUAAGAUUGGGACUAAGUCACUGUCUGAAAAGCUAAAAUUAAUUACUUUCUCGGUAAUUUUUCUUAGUGUUUUCCCAGAGGAGUGCUAAGCUCUUCCUAGAACCUCAGUGAAACUGUGUCUUUAAGAAUGCAGCUGAAUCAUUUUUGUUUACUAGGUAGGGUUUUCGGUAGCAGACUAAGGGCUGUGCUUUAAUUAUGAAGACAAUGAAAUCCUCUUCACCUUCCUGUUUGUCAAGUACUGAUAUUGUCCUUUGGCUUUGUAGCUUUGUUUUUUUUAAAGUAUCUUUUCUUUCCUGCUAAAGUGAUUCAUGUUACUCGAGAUCUUGAAAGGCUUCUUAAAUGUAUAAGGGUGUGUGACCCUUUCUGUAUCAGUCUGAGAUGGCUGGAAGUUCUUAUGGAAAGAAAGAUGAAGCAGGGCAGAAGGAAGAAGCAGGGAGCAACAUCAGUGAGAUAACUGGGUAGAUGAUGAUGUAAGGAGUUUUGGGGGGAGAUGUGAGGUGUGCCCGUGUACUUCAGUUACAAUAAAUGUUGAUGUUGACUCAGGUUCUGAAAGAAUUGAAUAUGACAACAUCAACUGCAAAGUGAGAAGAAAGAUGAGGCAAGCAGAUGGCAGUCAUUAUUGUCCAAGACCUUGCCUCAAGAUGGUGCUACUGUGUGUUGGAAGAGGACAAGUACAGGGGAAAAAACAGGGUAAGAAGAGGAAAAGCUGAUGUCGUAGAGAUGGAAACUAUCUUGGGGACUUUUAUCAGGGAGGGAUGUAAUGGGUAAACACACCAGAGAAAUGCAGUUAAAUGCACUGAGCUAGGUGGCAGCAACUUUUGAGAAAUGAAAUGCAAGAAGUAAGGCUGGAGAACGUAAUUACAAAAUGAGAGAUAAAGAAGCAUUUGGAAAAUUUUUGAGUUGAUUCUGGGCCCUUCUUUAAGUCAGCUGCAGAGAAGAUGUCACAGAAGGCAGACCAGGAUGGAAGAAGUAACCAGUGCGGAGUUGGCAGCCAAGGCUUGUGUAGCUCUCUCAUCACACUGGGUAUUUCACACAAGGGUAUUUUCAAGGACCUGGUAACAGCUGUGAUGUAAAGCUGUUCUCUGCAACUUGUAUUUUUGUAGGAUGUAUUUUUCUAAUAUAUGUCAGUAUCAGGUGUGGUUCAAUUACAUUUUAUUGGUGGCUGUUAGAUCACAUCAAGCUCAAAUAAUGUAUUUAACAGACUGAAUUGUGAAACAGAAGUUGUGUUCCUGAGGACACUUACCUGUGUUAGUCAUUGGAACAGUUUUGGGUGUUUUACAGGCUGCAAAUAUUUGGCAGGCUUGUGAAUGCCAGGACAGUGAGGCACAGCAGCACUUAGAAAUGGGUUUAGGGGAGAGGAAUGGAAAUUGUCUUUUUCUCGAGGUUAAUACAUAAUAAAAUACAAUUAACAACAACAAAAAACCACACUAAAAACCUGAACUGUGACUUACUUUUAGUAAACAUUUUUGGGUUUUUUUCCCCUUCCACUGGCUGGAAUAUGGGACUCAUUGCUGAAGCUAACUGGACUUACACCACUGUUUCUCUGAGGACAUUAGAGAACAUCUCUUUGAGGUCCUAAGCUGGUAGCUAGAAAGAAAUGGACCAUUUGUAAAGUUGCCGUUUACAAAACCCAUCUGAGGAAGUAACGAGCAUCCUUACCAAAUCUCUCCUCUGUACUUACUUAUAUAAGCCUCUCUACUUGACUAGAGGCUGUGCUAGUAGAACAUCAGAGAGCUCCUUACAACUGUGAGAGUAAAACUUCUUGAGUUACAAAGCUUGAAUUUCUCAAAUACAAGACUAGUUUUCUAGCUACAAUGCCCAAUUGAUACUAAACUCCUUUUGUAGCCUCAAUGUAAUUUUUUCUUUUUGUCAAACAGCAGUCACACCUGCUUUCUCUUAUUUUAUAAAACAAUCGGACGAGAGAAUCUCCCGAAGAGGCUUAACUCUUAGGAGGUGCAUAGAUAACACUUUACAUCACAUGGCAACUGCAAUGCAAGUAAGUAAUGCUUGAUUACUGAGAUUCUAGUUUACGGUGACCUGGCUGUACCUGUCCUGGUUCUGUUAAAGGACAAAUGAAGCCUUGUGACAUUUGACUUGAUCUUUACUCAUGAAUGUAAACCUAGCAGGCACCUAAAACUAUUAUUAUACUUGUCCUUUGUUCUGUUCUCUGCGCUAAAGAGAGCUCUUGCUUUCGUAUCAGAUGAUAACGCACAGAAAUGUAAUAGUCAAAAAGCAGUGUGUUGAUUCUGUGGCAGAUAAGGCUGGUGUUAAGAUUUUUACCUAUUCCAUACUUAUUUAAAUAUUUAGUUCCUAGCAGGAGGAAAAGCAAGUGGAAGAAUAGAAUGUCCUAACAAACAUGCCAUCCUGUAUUUGCUCAGAGAGUUUUAGCUCAGAUUCAGUUAAUGAACAAGUUCCAAACUGAAAAAGCAAGUAGUAUAUUGAUACGGAAAUAAGCAGCCCAUGCCUACAGUUUUGCUUUUUCUAUUGGAGUCAAGCUGAAACCAGCUUAAGUAACCAAAGUGAAAUGGUGUAAGGACAGAGCUUAAGCCUGACUGGGAUGUCUUCCAAAUU